AUGGCUUCCCCCGAGGCGCGAAACAACAACAACUUCCACGGCACUGGUGGUCCCGGGUCGGCCGUGUCCCUCCUCCCACCCGGAUCAUGGGACAGCCACGUCCACGUCUUCGACCCGGCCCGCUUCCCCUUCAAGCCGAACCGCGCCUACACGCCCCAGCCCGCGCCCCUGGCCUCCCUGAUGGCGGCCUCCUACGCGCAGAACAUCAUGAUCGUCCAGGCCUCCAUCGAGGCCAGCCCCGAGGGCCUGCUCGCGCACCUCGCCGAGGCCAAGAGCCAAAGCUACCACCCAGGGCAACGGCGCGCGUUGUUACGGGGCACCAUGGCCGCGGACCCGGAUCCGGAGAGCCCCUGGCACCUGGAGAAGCUGGCCGACGGAUACUUCCGGGAAAUGCACGCCGCCGGGGUCCGGUGCAUCCGGAUCCACGGGUCGUACGGCGGCUCCGGGUCCGAGCUGGACUGGGUGCUGAGCCAGCUGCGCGCAGCGGUCGCCUCAUACGGUGUGCGGGAGCUGGGGUGGGCGGUCGCCGCGCAGCUGCCCGUCAAGACGUGGGUGGCGCUCAAGCCGCACGUCGACAGCAUCGUAGCUGAUGAUGAGCAGAAGAAGGUCGUGCUCAUUGCGGACCACAACGCCUCGGCUACCCCCAAGGACUUGGGCACGCCCGAGUUUGCGGCGUUUCUGGAGAUGCUCGCCGCCGGGCAGCUCAACGUCAAGAUUGGCGCGCUGCAUCGCAGAGCUGCAGGCGGAGACCUCAGGACCAUGGAUAACGUGGUCAAGGAGCUUGCCCGCGCGGCACCGGAGGGGAUCGUGUGGGGCAGCGACUGGCCGCACGUCAAUGCCAGCCGGGCCGGGUUGGAGCCCGGCCCGCCCCUGGAAGGUGUCGACACGGCAGCGGAGCUGGGGCUUCUGCGCGAGUGGCUGACGGAGAAGCAGUGGCUGGGGAUGAACGUUCGCAACCCGGCGAGACUUUUUGCUUGGUGA